CUCCUCAUCACCGCCAUGUCCUCCACCGUCCCCCUCUCGCCCUCCUUCGAGUCCCUCGUCGCCGCCCCACACAACACCGACGAGCCGCCCCCGCUCGAGCCACCGCUCUCCCCCAAGGUCCGCUUCGACCAGGACUGCGUGCUCAUCCCGGACCCCCUUCCCGCCUCCAGGCUCCCACGUCUUGUCACAAAGUCGUACUCUCUUCCCCUCUGGAAGCGCAAGCAGCGCGAGCCCUCGCUCGUGUCCGACACAGAGGACGACUCCUCCGAAGACCAUGUCGUCUUCAAGGUCUCCGUCCCCAGCCUCACCACCAAGGCUCGUUCACCGUCCCGCGGAGACGCCGCCCACAGGCCCCUAGUCCCCUGCCUCGUACACUCCGCCCACCUCUCCGACUCCUCCGUCUCUUCCAUCGACCCGACCACGCCCUGCCAGUCGCCUCAACGUCAAAACCGCCCCCGGCGCGCGUCUCUCCCCCAACCCGUCCAGCCUGAUGCCGUUACCGUCCCGCUGCGCUCCUGCUGCGCGCAAUGCUACGCCUCCAUCGACAGCUGCAUGAAACUCGGCGAGCACUGGCAGGUGCACUUCUCCAAGGGCGCCGCCCGCCGCCGCAAGUCCGUCUCCGACACCCACGCGCCCAAGCCCUCCCGCAGCGCGCGCCACUGCGUGCGCGACGCCAUGCCCGGCUUCGACGCCAUCAUCGCCGUCGACGAGGUCGACCGCCGCCGCCGCUCGACCGACAUCGACGCCCUCACCGCCUUCUCGCUCGAGCUGCCCGCAUGCGCCCCAGCCCCCACGGGCCCAGACGACCUCCAGCUCCGCCGCGCGCUCUCGCUCCCGGACGAGGUGCACCCCUGCCGUUCUGGCAUCCUGCACCACCUCGCGCAUGCGGCCCCCAUACCGGAGGAGGACGAGCCACGGCGGACCCCUAUCCCGAGCCCGUUCGCGUCUACGACGAAUCUGCCCGCGACGCGCAUCAUCCACGCCGUGCAGGCCGCAAAGCUCGUCGAGCGGACGAUCUCGCCUCCACCCGAGGUGAUCGCUAUCCGUCCUAUCGCCGUACCCGUCUCGAGCUUGCCCGAAAAGGCGGCCUUGCGCACGCCGCUGCCCGCGUCCCCCUCCCCGCCGCCACUCGCAAAAGAGCCGAUGAACUACUUUUCCGUGCCCUACCAGCCGGGCGACCGCUACGCCGCCGACUCGCCAUCCUCCUCGCCGAGCUCGUCACCUCAGAUCGAGCACACAGUCCCCGCGGGGCUCGGGAGCCCGCGCAAGCGGUCGCGCCUCCCCGCGCCCGCGAGCAUCUUCCGCGCGUCGACACAGAUGCUGAAGGGCAUGACCGGGAUGAGCGGCAUGCCCAUGAGCGUGUAGCGCGGUGCGCAAGGGUCCUUCUUCUCUGCUGCUUUCUAACUGUAUUCUCCACCGCUGUUGUUCGUUAUCUGGGUUUAGCUUCAUCGUGUCCGUUAUUUCCCCUGCAAUGUACAUUACCCCCGCAUUCAUCGUCCAUUCCUGUUCAUGUGCUCCUUCCCUAUCCCAUCCCUCUGUCUCUGUCUCUCGUCUCUUGUCUGUUCCUCGUUUUCGCGAAUGGGUGCCAUGGCUCAUCCCGUGCCCUCCCUCUCGUCCCCUCUCCCUGUGUCACAUGUGUGGCCAUACCGAAUGUACUCUACGACUCCGUGUUUCCU